AUUAAUGUAUGUAUGCAUGUGCGUCUGUGUGUGUGUGUUGAUGUAUGUGUGUAUUUAUACAUUAAUGUAUGUAUGUAUGUAUGUAUUCAUGUGUGUGUCUGUGUGUGUGUGUGUGUGUCUGUGUGGGCAUUUUCUUUGAGCAAGGCACAAAAUUAUUUAUCAUAUUUGAUUUUUUGGAAGAAUUGUGAUUCCCUGCUGUUUCAUUAGCAAUUCAAGUGUCUGUGUGUUUGUGUGUCCGCUUUUCUACCUGCAGUGUGUGUGUGUGUGUGUGUGUGUGUGUGUGUGUGUGUGUGUGUGUGUGUGUGUGUGUGUGUGUGUGUGUGUGUGUGUGUGUGUGUGUGUGUGGAAAAAAGGUGUUUGAUCUGGAUCAGAUUAAAUAAAUUAUAAAUGGGGGAUGAAUUCACAGCAUACACCUUGUCCAAAGAUUUAUACAUCAUUGUCCAAAAGGAGUUUUGCUUGAUUGAAUAAGUAAUGUCUUCUCAAUGUCAUCCAUGCAAUUGUUGUUCAUUCAUGGCAUGUUGUUAAGCCUAUGGACAUGUCUUGAUCCCUUCCCUGUCCUUUACAGAAUUUAUUCAGCUUCUCUUUGAUCCAUUCUCCAGAACUGCGCUGAUUUAAUCUCAAUGUUAACCCAUUUUAGUGCAGUAACCCAAAGCAUCCACUAGACUUCGCACUAUGCACACUUAUGCCUUUGGUCAUGUAUUAGGGCGUAUUCUUUCUUCCCAAAAAAAGACACAUCACGUUAAUGGUUUGAAAAAAGCACCCUGUCAAAAAGUUAACUUUGUCAUCGAUGAAUGUAUGGAUUUAAUAGGAACAAUUAUUUCACCCGACGAAUUACAAUCUAGUCAAUUUUCUGGUAAGCCACCACAGGUAUCCUAUCCAAACCCACACAUUUAAGAGCUAUAUUUCGCAGUAUGUUAUUGCGUUCGGUCGUAACAUAUUCUUGAGUCUUAAAUACAUUUUGUCCAGUAUAACCACAUUAGACGUGUUGCAUAUCAUUGCAAAUCAAAAUAUACCUCUUGCACACGCCACGCUUUUUAAAGUGCGUCGGUAGUGUAUUCCCGCUGCGCGCGUGCACGGGGAGUCGUGAAAUAAGUUGUAGCCUGUCCGCGUCAAGCGAGCACGCGCGCUUACACUCAGCGAGUAGGCUACGCCGAAGACCUACGCGACACCGGAGCGUUUGGCGCUAAAACCAGGCGUACUGGUCGUCCGUUGAGGAAGAAGGAGAAGAAGAGGUGCUGCUUCUGCUUCUGCUGCUGGGGAUAAAUAACAACGCGAUGUCGUCCGAGGGCUCGACGGGGGUCCCUGCCUGGAGUAAAGGGGGCUGCUGAAUUUCUGAAUCGAAAAGGAAGGAAACGUCUCCCGCCAAAAACAACAACCAACCAAGACCAAAUUGAUUGUCUUUUUUCGACUUGAGGGAGGGGGGGAAAGAGAGAAAUGUCCGACCGAAGUUUGCCCGCGUCGUCUUGGACUGUGAAACCAGUUUUUCUCUAGGAGGUUCUGUGCCCCAGACUGGACAUGAUUUAAAUGAAGAAUGCGUGUCGUUUGGAAUAUAGCCCUGAUCUGCCAUGCAUGUUUCAUCUGCACGUCAUCAGCUCAGCCCGGAUCAUCCAAGCUUCAUGAGGGUUGGUGGGCGUACAAGGACGUCGUCCAGGGAAGUUUCGUCCCAGCUGGGGGGCACCAUGUACAACACGGGGAAGCACGUCUCCCUGCGGCCGGACAAGGCCCACCUGGUCAACAUCUCGGGGGGCCCUCUGGGAUACAGCUACCGGCUGGAGGAGGUGCGCCUGCACUUCGGGAGCGAGGACUACCAGGGCUCCGAGCACCUCCUCAACGGACAGGGCUUCCCCGGAGAGGUCCAGCUUAUCCAUUACAACCAGGACCUGUACGCCAACUACAGCGAGGCCGUCCGGAGCCCGCACGGUAUCGCCGUGGUAACCAUCUUCAUCAAGCUGUCGGAGAACCCCAAUAUUUUCCUUAAUCGAAUGCUGAACCGAGACACCAUCACCAGAAUCAACUACAAACAUGAUGCUUUCCUCCUGAUGGGGCUGAACAUGGGGGACCUGUACCCAGACACCACGCGCUACAUCACCUACGAGGGCUCCGUCACCAUCCCGCCCUGCUACGAGACCGCCACCUGGAUCCUCAUCAACAAGCCCAUCUACAUCACGCAGAUGCAGAUGCACUCCCUGCGCCUGCUGAGCCAGCACGAGCCCUACAAGAUCUUCCUGAGCAUGAGCGACAACACGCGGCCCACGCAGCCGCUGCUGCAGCGCUGCAUCCGCACCAACAUCCAGUUCAGCAAGCAGGGCCCCCACUGCCCCAACAACCGGGCCGUGAGGCCCCAGUACAGAGUGAACCAGUGGCUGCUGAAGUAGAGACCGUCUUCAGAGCGUGGUGGAGGAAGAGGAGGAGGAGGAGGAGGAGGGGGGGGGGCAGCUGGAUCCCAUUCCCAUCCAUUCUGUCUUCAUCGUCUCCGAAGCGUCUCCUCCCCGAGCUGGAGGGUCCACCCAGCUCGUGUGAGUGCCCCACUGGGAAGGAUCUCUUCUUAAUAAAAACUGCUCUCAAGCGGACUUCGGCCGCAGUCAAACAGCGGUUGCCGUGGAGACAUCAUGUCCCCAUACAACAUGACAAUCAUGCGGUCAUGGUGUAUCCAAACACACACACACACACACACACACACACACACACACACACACACGCCGGGAUUUUGUUUCAAGGACGACUGUACAAUAUUGACAAUUCACAACAAGUGUGUGAAAUGAAAAUGAACUAAACACAAACAAAAGCAGCUGCAGUGACGUAGGCUCUCAGACUGGGCGGCACCACCUCCCUCUUCUGUCCCAGCGGCGACGUUACGGACCACAACUGUUGACCGGGACGUUGUGCUUUCACGGGAUUAUCCUCGGACGGCCACGCCCUCCCAGGGGUCCACCCGACACGUAACCGACGGUGACGUGUCCGUGGGCUUGAGGCGGUUUGACAGGCCAGCGCGCCGCGGCGUUUCCCCUCAGGCUAACGAAACCAGAGAAGGGAUCGCUAACUCCGUAGUCUCUUUCCGGCAGCUCUGCGGGAAACGGCGGGACGUUUUGGGGGAUGACGUGUUUUCGUGUCGGAGAUGUAUUACGUAUAUAUGUACGAUGAGGAGGACUUGGCGUUGUGGUUACAAUGACCCCCCCCCCUCCCUGCCCUGGACAGAAGCAGAAUAAUGUGUUUUUUUGUUGUGAGCUAUGUGUUUGAGUGCAAACUGAUAUUUGAGUUGUGCGUUUUUGCGCUGGGGUGAAACGAAGACGAGGAGGAUGAGGGUCCGGUAUGGGAGGAUGGAAGGCGUGCGUGUUCCAGAACAGACCUGUGAGUCCUCGCAGUGGUGAGGUGUGUUCACGGAGGCCUCCUGAAGACGUCUCCUCCCACGGUGGGCUUCAGUCGGUGGGAUGUGUAACAUUGAGUCACGACUGUGGGCAGCCAACGAUAAAUAAAGGAAUAGCUGAUAUUGUCACGUG